CUAGAACCCGAGAGAAGUCAUUAGCCCUGGGCACUUAUCUUGGAGCCACAGCUGCUGACAGAGUCCAGGCCCUGUACUUCUCUGCCCUGAGCCUGCAGUGCCAUGGGGAACUGUCUGUAUCCGGUGGAAAACCUUUCACUAGACAAGAAUGGAACUCAGUUUACUUUCGACAGCUGGAAUUAUUCGUUUGAAGAUAACUACUCCUAUGAACUCUCGAGUGACUACAGCCUGACACCAGCUGCUCCCUGCUACUCCUGUAAUCUGCUUGGCAGGUCUUCCCUUCCCUUCUUCAUGCUCACCAGUGUCCUGGGCAUGCUGGCAAGUGGCGGCAUCCUCUUCGCGAUUCUCAGACCUUUCUUCCACUGGCAGAUUUGCCCCAGCUGGCCCAUUCUGGCAGAGUUAGCAGUGGGCAGUGCCCUGUUCAGCAUUGCAGUGCCCAUCCUGGCACCAGGCUUACACAGCGCCCACAGCACAGCCCUAUGCAACCUGGGCUACUGGGUAUGGUAUACUUCUGCUUUUGCCCAAGCUCUGUUGAUAGGAUGCUAUGCUUGCCUGAACCCCAGACUGAAUAUUGGUCAACUCCGUGGCUUCACCUUGGGACUCAGUGUGGGACUUUGGGGAGCAGCUGCCCUCUUAGGGCUGCCAGUCGCCCUGGCCAGUGAUGCUUACAAUGGCUUCUGCGCCUUUCCAUCCUCCAGAGACAUGGAAGCUUUGAAGUACAUGCAUUAUGCCAUCUGUUUUACCAUCUUCACUGUAUUGCCACCGACUCUUUUGGCAGCCAAGGGGCUGAAGAUAGCACUGAGCAAGGGGCCUGGCCCCUGGGUUAGUGUCUUGUGGAUCUGGUUCAUUUUCUGGUGGCCUCAUGGGAUGGUUCUCAUAUUUGAUGCUUUGGUGAGGUCCAAAAUUGUUCUUCUGUAUACAUGCCAAUCCCAGAAGAUUCUUGAUGCGAUGCUGAAUGUGACAGAAGCCCUGAGUAUGCUGCACUGUGUGGCUACCCCACUGCUCCUGGCCCUGUUCUGCCAUCAGACCACCCGUAGAUCCUUGUCCUCACUCUCCCUCCCUACAAGACAGGCUUCUCAAAUGGAUGCCCUUGCAGGCAAGUCCUAGUUUUGUUUUGUUUUUUCCCUACAUGUCAACUUAAAUUAAAGUCUAUACUGCUUUUA